GGGUAAUGUAAACAUGCUAUUGAAUCUUUGUUUUCUUAUCUACAUAUUUUUAUAAUUCGUCAUUCGGCAGUAGACUAUUGUGGAGGAAUAAGUUAUUAAAAAGAAAUAAUUAUCCAAACUAUAAUCCUAACUGCCCUUCAAAUCAGAAUUUUGUUCAAAUUUUUGUGUCAAGUGAAAAAUGCCCUCAUACAAAUUAACUUAUUUUAACUUGGCCGGUGCAGGCGAAUGUAUUCGAUACCUUUUCGCUUACGCAAAACAGCCCUACGAGGACAAUCGUAUCGCCUUCCAAGACUGGCAAGCCUUGAAACCGAACACUCCGUAUGGUCAAUUGCCAAUUUUGGAAGUCGAUGGCAAAGUGGUACCGCAAAGUACCGCCAUCGGUAGGUACCUUGCCAAGCAAUUCGGGCUUUUAGGCAAAAACGACUGGGAAGCUCUCGAAGCUGACGUUCUAAUCGAUACCAUGGCCGAUUUGAAAAAACAUGUGACUCCAAUUUUUUACGCUCAAUCCGAAGAGAAAAAGCUGGAACUGAAAAAAGAACUGUUGGAAAAGCAUUUGCCUUUCUACUUGGAAAAAUUCGAAAAAAUCGCCGCCUCCAAUCCGGCAGGAUUUUUGGUCGGGUCGGAAGUGACGUGGGGCGAUUUAUUUUUAGGGGAAAAUCUUACGGCUUUAGAAGAAAGAUUUCCGGGAUCUCUGAAACCGUUUCCGGCUCUAAACGCUUUCGUCAAUAAAAUCAACGGGUUGCCGGAAAUUAAGGCUUGGUUGGAAAAGAGACCUAUCGGACAACCUAUACCAUCAAAAGUCUGAUUCUUAAAUAAAUUGAAUUUAUAUGUAAAUUAAAGUCUUUAAUGAUUUGCAACUCUUUAUUACACAAUAACCUGGUAAAAAACAUCUUAUGGGUCAGAAUGUCUUUCUCUGUACUGUCUGAAAAUAGACUUUAUUGAAAUCAAAGUCUCAUCAGCUGUAGGAAUGAUCUGAUUGGCGGGCAACAAGAAUCCAUUAGUUCCAGUAUCACGUAGCUCGUAAGUAUAGGCGAUUGGAGUUCCAAAUUUGUGUUUCACCCAAUCCAUACUGCCACCGGUAGCAACAU